AUGGUGUCCUGCUCUGACGAUGUCCGUCACAUGACGGACGAAAGCUCAGCAAGGAUUCAUCAGGGUCGCAGGGCGGUGCGCCGAGGAUCUAUUCGCACAAAUCUACAACCACAGCUCCAAGGCGACCCCCUCACAGCCUCCGGUGGAGCCAACUUACAAAUCCCUUCCGCUCGCCUCUUCAAACGAAAUGAAAGGUACUCCUACUUGAAUAUAUUAAGGGAUUCUUCGCAUCUCAGCUCUAAAGCUGCAAGUAGCGAUGUUCGCCUUGUCGGUGGUACCUCAUCCAGGGGAAGGCUCGAGGUUCUUCGUCCUGAUACCAAGCAAUGGGGCACAGUGUGUGCAGAUGGAUUUGGAUUGAAUGAAGCUAAGACCUUCUGUAGAAUGCUUUGUACAAGCAGGUAA